AUCUCGCACAGCUGUUAAAGGUAGAGGGAUCUCAAGGCAUCCAACGAGAGAGGCUGGGUAAAAUAGCAUUAAAUGGUUAGGGCCUGGAAAAACUGGAAAAGCGACCCAGGUGGGAUUUAUCAUCGGGAGUGUUGGUGGACACGUGCACAGGGUAACCUGGUAACACAAAUGCACCGCCAAGAAUUGAUGUGGUGGAUAUUGAUAGAAAGGGGAUAGUCCAUGAAUCGCGGUACUGUGUCGGCAGCGGGGACCGAACCCCAGCCGUUGCCGCGACCGACCUGCUAGUGCAUUUGCCACGGUUUCACCCGCAUCCCCAGUGUCUGCCUCCGUGGGAUUCUUCCCUCUCCCCCGGUGGUCGUACCAUGCGCACGGUCCCCCGAGAGCGCAAGGGUCGGGGCAUGCCGUUGGCUGACUUGGGCGAUGAGAUUGGGACGGUGUCUUCGCCUUUUUUAAUCGGCUUCACAGUUCGGGUCGAGGCUUUUAAAAGGGGGGCGUGCGGACUGCCGGAGAGGCUGGGGGCGUGGAGCUUCCAAACACGCCAUCAAAACAUUGCAAACCACACACAACUGGCAAUUCAAAAAAUAAUUCACUCUCCCCACCGCUUUGGAAGUUGCCAUUUGGGAGAAUUUGAUUUGACUCUCUCUCUCUGAAACGACAAUGCCCGGUGGCUUAUUUCUCCACUUCAGCCUCACUGGGACUUUGCCAGCUUUUUACUUGCUUGCAUUCCUCCCCGUGCUCGCUCGCCUCUCGGCAUCGGCGCAGGUCGGGGAAAGAAAAUCGGCGGCGGCAGGUCUGAGCCAAGCCCGGAGGGGAAUGAAGACUCUCAUUCUGUUGGACGUAGACAUCAGGGGUUCAGUGCGGAGCGUCAGCGAAAACUUUCUGUCAAUUCAGCUGGACCCGGCGGUGCUGCACAAUGGUUGGAUUGACUUUUUAAGCUCCAAAAAGCUGGUAACUUUGGCUCGAGGGUUAUCCCCCGCCUUCCUCUGGUUCGGUGGAAAAAGGACGGAUUUUCUACAAUUCCAGAAUCACCGAAAUCUGGCGAAACACCGAGGCGAGCUGGGGCCCGAUUACUAUCUCAAAAACUACGAAGACGAUAUUGUCCGGAGUGAUAUUGCCCUGGAUAAACAGAAGGGCUGUAAAAUUGCGCAGCAUCCAGAUAUUAUGCUGCAGUUACAGAGAGAAAAGGCGUCGCAGAUGCAGAUCGUCCUGACCAAGGAACACUUUUCCAACACCUACAGCAACAUCACAAUAACGGCCAGGUCUCUAGACAAACUCUACAACUUUGCCGAGUGCUCUGGAUUGCACCUGAUCUUCGGCCUGAACGCCUUGCAGCGGAAUCCUGAUAACUCCUGGAAUGGAUCCAGCGGCCUCAGCCUCCUCAAGUACUGCGCCGGCAAGAAGUACAAUAUAUCCUGGGAGCUUGGAAAUGAGCCCAACAGCUACCGAGCAAUGGUGGGGAGGACCAUUAAUGGGAGCCGGCUGGGGAAGGACUACUUACAGCUCAAGAGCCUGCUUCAGUCUGUCCGAUUCUACACAAAGGCCAACCUGUACGGGCCGAACAUAGGCCGACCUCGGAGGAACGCUGCAGGACUGCUGGAUGGGUUUAUGAAAACAGCAGGAACAGUGAUCAAUGCAGUGACAUGGCAACAUUAUUACAUUGAUGACCAAACAGUAAAGGUGACUGACUUUAUGAAAACCCGCCUCCUGGACACUCUCUCAGAUCAGAUUGCCAAGGUACAGAGGAUUGUGAAUUCUCAUGCACCAGGGAAAAAAGUUUGGCUCGCAGGAGUUGGUCCAGCCUGGGCUGGAGGGACUACCAACCUCUCUGAUACCUACGCAGCAGGGUUUCUCUGGUUAAAUACAUUGGGAAUGUCGGCCAAAAAGGGGAUGGAUGUGGUGUUUCGCAAUUCGUUCUUCGACCAUGGAUAUAAUCACCUGGUGGAUCAGAACUUCAAUCCAUUACCGGACUACUGGCUCUCUCUCCUGUACAAACGGUUGGUGGGAACCAAAGUUCUGAUGGUUCAGGUGGCUGGCCUCCAACGGAGACCCCGGCCAGGCCGAGUCAUACGAGACAAGCUGAGGAUCUACGCCCACUGCACGCACUCCCGCAACCACAAUUACCUGCGAGGAUCUAUCACCAUCUACAUCAUCAACCUGCACAGAUCGAGGAAGAAAAUCAAGCUGGCUGGAGCACUGAGGGACAAGACCGUCCACCAAUACCUCUUCCAACCUUAUGGAGAUCAGGGGCUAUUAGCCAAAUCAGUGCAGCUAAAUGGUCGGCUGUUGUUGAUGGUAGACGAUGAAACCUUUCCCGAACUAAAACCAAGAACUCUUCGAGCUGGGAGAAUUGUGGUGAUCCCACCUCUCUCCAUUGGAUUCUACGUGAUAAAGAACGCAAACGCCCCCUCCUGCAAGUUUCGGUAGCCGUGCGGCCCAGGGGCCGAGAACCUGCCUCCGCGACUGUAGCGAUGUUAAAACCAACAACAGAUAAAAAUCAACAACUGACUGUUUCCAUCCCUGCUCGAAGCUCAUCUGGACCCAGGACCUGGACAGUCCCUCAAGACUGGUAACACUGUCUUUCCCCACACUUGUCCCCGUUGUGCAGAGUUGGUUCUGCAGGUUGAGAUCAGCUCACGCCUUCCAAAGCACUAACAUUCCCCAGUGACGCUGCGAGAGAGGAACAUCAAAGGAAGAGUCUUCACCAUCAGAGCAUUUGGACAGUGCCUCAGACCACAGGUUACCAACCAAAUGAGCCUGAGGCACCUUCAGUGUGAAGGAACAGUUAGUUAUCGUGACAGUUACUCAAACCUACAUUUACAUAGAACCUCAUCUGAGCAUGCAGAUAGUUAGUCUGUGUGAGUGGAAUAAAUCUGCUGGACACUGGCUUCCACUAGCCUUUCUGAUGAUUUCAUUGGUCCAGGUAUAGUCUCUGUGUGAAGCUGAUGUACCAGGACCAGGAGAACUGGGCCAGGAUGGUCUGUGCUAAGUUAUUUUCUAUUUAUUCAUUGUGGUCAUUGUUGGUUCGAGAGAGUCGUGCUGAGUCAUUUCACAGGGGAAACCAACACUGCUCAACUCGAAGGCUGCAACACCCACUCCUGUGUUCAGGAGAGGGAGGAGAACCCUCCUGCCCAAUGACCACUGCUGGAACAUUAGGCAUAGAAGAUGACUGACCCAGACAGGGAUGUCACUGGUGAUCACCUACCCCCAGGGCCAGAGGUUUUGCCACCUCUUGGGAAGAUGCCCUGCCCUCUUUGGCAAACUCCAUUUUGCAAUGGAGGCAGGUUGUGACACAGAAUCGAAAUCACCACCUUAAACACAGCCACAUCGUCCAGUCACCCAGUAGUUAGUCCAGGUGCAAGGUCUCGACCUGAAACGUCGACCAUCCCUCUGCCUCCGCAGAUACUGCCUGACCCCCUGAGUUCUUCCAGCAGAUUGUUUUGUUGCUCCAGAUUCCAGCAGCUCUUGUGUCUCCUUCCAAUAGGUUAUUUUCACCUUGAACGUCUCAUCGGAUAACCCAGUACAAGAGGAGGCAGUUUGGUCCAUUAUCCUGAUGUAAAAGCUCUCCAUUUUCAGGAAUCUGAUAUCCAACCGUUCAGAAAUCCCGGAGACACAAGAGACUGCAGAUGCUGGAAUCUGGAGCAACUCACAAUCUGCUGGAGGGACCCAGUGGGUCGAGCGGCAGCCGGUGGGGGGGGGGGGGGGGGGGGGAAGGAAUUGUCGAUGUUUCGGGUCGAAACCCUGCAUCAGGACUGAGAGUGCAGAGGGGAGAUAUAAAGAGGAGAGGGGGGAAGGUGAGACAGGGGCCAGUAGGUGAUAGGUGGACUGAGGGGACGUGGGGGUGAAGGAUGAUGGGCAGAUGGGGCCAGGUGGGGGAGUGGGAGGGUGGAGUUGGGAGACAGAGGCAGGUUGGUGAUAGGUGAGGGCAUCCGACUGGCUCAGCUUGAGUCCAGAGGUCCAGAGUGUGAGCCGGGGUCCAGAGUGGAAGAGAGAAGGGCAGCCAGAGUCAGGGUUGGGAACAUGGGUAGGUUUCCAGCCAGAGCCAAGGUCCAAAGCACUUGUAUAUUCCAGCUUGCUGCGUCAAACCGAUACAAGCUGAAAUUCACCAGGUUCUAUUUCCCACUCCCAUUGAACUCACCAGGGCUCAUUUUCCUGCCCCCUUUAAACUCACCAGGUUCACUGAAAAAUUCAUUAAACUACUGUAAUGAAUUGUGAAAAAAAAAGCCAAAAUAAGACUGAUAGGAAUGACAUCCAAAAGUCCAGAAAAUCUGCCGGUCCGCCACCACUUAAGUCCUGAGGGUGCCGGAUUACUGGAGUAUUCCUGUGGUUUCAAUACAUCAGUUCUGAGUAAGGCGUCCAGAUCCGAGAUGUUGACUCCUUCCACAGAUGCUGCCUGACCUGCUGAAUUUUUCCAGUAUUUCCUGUUUUGGCUCCCAAUUCCUUGCUGCUGGCUCUGGUAUUGCCUCCCUCUAGAUUUUCUGCACCUGGUGUAGGACCAUGAAUGGGAUUCUGACCCGGAUCCAUCCUGCCAAUGCAGAAAUAAGGGAAAUAUCCCACUCAAUGGAUUGCAGCAGCAGGAUGUGGGUUAUCCAAUCAGCUCAAAUUCUGGAGAGAAAAAUAAGCACUUCAAUCAAAGUUGUGCUUCUGCAGUUUGGAGUAAUAAUUACCAUAAUCUCACACUGAUGAGCUCUCAAGGAUACUGCAGUUUAAACUACUGGUUUAUUGAUGAGGAGACAGGUGGUCAAAUCCCAUUCUGGCACUCAAAGUUUGGUAUCAAGUUAUUAUAAACCUGUGUUUGUUUUAGAAAGGCUGGUAUCAGUAAUGGUGACCAAACCCCAUCUGAUUCCUUGGUAUCUUUCAGGGAGGAAGAUAGAGUCAUAGAGAUAUACAUCACAGAAACAGGCCCUUCGGCCCAACUAGUCCAUGAUAACCAAGAUGCCCAUCUAAGCUAGUCCCAUUUGCCCAUGUUUGGCCCAUAUCCCUCUAAACCUUUCCUAUCCAUGUACCUGUCCAAGUACCUUCUAAAUGUUGUUAAUGUACCUGCCUCAACCACUCCCUCUGGCAGCUUAUUCCAUACACUGACCACCCUCUGGGUGAAAAAGUUGCCCCUCAGGUUCCUAUUAAAUCUUUUCCCUCUCACCUUAAACCUGUGCCCUCUAGUUCUUGAUUCCCCAACCCUGGGGAAAAAGACUGAGUGCAUUCACCCUAUCUAUGCCCCUCAUCAUUUUAUACACCUCUAUAAGAUCACCCCUCAUUCUCCUAUGCUUUAAUGAGAAAAUCCCAACCUGCUCAACCUCUCUCCAUAACACAGUCCCUCGAGUCCCAGCAACAUCCUCAUAAAUCUCCUCUGCACUCUUUCCAGCUUAACGGCAUCUUUCCUAUAACGGAGCGACCAAAACUGAACUCAAUUUUCCAAAUGCGGCCUCACCAACAUCUUAUACAACUAUCAUCUUCACCCUGGUCUGGUCUAUAUGUGACUCCAGACCCACAGUUAAAAACAGAAAAAGCUGCAUACAUUCAGCAUCUGUGGAACGAGAAACGGAGUUAACAUUUCAAGACAUGGACCAUUCACUGGAAAUGUUCUGACAAAGAGUAAUGCACCUGAAAUGAUUUAUCUGUCUCUCAGUCACCACAGAUGCUGCCUGACCUGCUGAGUGUUUCCAGCAUUUUCUGAUUUCAGAUUUUCAGUAUCUGCGGGCUUUAAUUUUCAUUUCCAGACUCAUAUAGUAGCUAGUUAGUGAACCAGGUGGGCUUUUGUGACAGUCCUGUAGUUUCAGGGGAAUUUCUGUCUCCAACCUUUCAUUUCAGAUUAUGUUUACUUACAUGAAAUUGAAAUUCCAGCUUCCACAGUGGGUUUUGAACUCAUGUCCAUUCACCAACGUUCAAAACAAAGUUCCUAGAUACUACUCCAGCAGCCUCACCCCUCUGUUACCAUGGCAUUGGUGUUAUGGACAAAAGCCAACAUCAGCGGAAGCACUUAGUGGGAUAGAAAUGUGAUAUUGAUAUUCGUCUUGGUUUAUUAUUGUCACUUGUACCAAGGUACAAUGAAAAACUUGUCUUGCAUACUGUUCGUACAGAUCAAUUCAUUACACAGUGCAUUGAGGUAGUACAGAGUAAAAACAAUAACAGAAUACAGAGUAAAGUGUCACAGCUAUAGGGAAGUGCAUUGCAGGCAGACAAUAAGGUGCAAGGUCAUAACAAGGUAGAUUGUGAGGUCAAGAGUCCAUCUCAUCAACCAUUCAAUAGUCUUAUCACCGUGGGAUAGAAGCUGUCCUUGAGCCUGGUGGUAUGUGCCCUCAGGCUCCUGUAUCUUCUGCCUGAUGGGAGACGAGAGAAGAGAGAAUGACCCACUUGGGUGGGGUCUUUGUUCUCCAAGGCAGCGAGAGGUAUAGACAGAGUCCAUGGAGGCGAGGCUGGUUUCCGUGACGCACUGGACUAUGUCCACAACUCUCUGCAGUUUCUUGCAGUACUGGGCAGAGCAGCUGCCAUACCAAGCCGUGAUGCAUCCGGAUAGGAUGCUUUCCAUGGUGCAUCGGUAAAAAUUGGUGAGUGUCAAAGGGGACAUGCCAAAUUUCUUUAGCCUCCUGAUGUGAUGGGGCUGGGACCGUCCCCGUUGUGGGACAGAGGUCACCUCUUCCUUCUUUCCAAUGUUUGUGGCUAUUCAUGAUUUCCCACCCCUCACCGCUCAUUCUCACAUUUCCUCAUGACAUAGGAGGAGCCUGUUCAGCCCAUUGAGUCUAUGCUGGCUCAUCCCAUCAAUCCCAUUGCUCCACUUAUUCCCCUGCUCUCUCUCAUACCCACUAUGUGGGGGCAGAUACAUUAGGGACAUUUAUAGACAGACACAUGAAUGAUAGAGAAAUGGAGGGCUAUGUGGGAGGGAAGGGUUAGAUAGAUCUUAGAGCAGGAUAAAAUGUCGGCACAACAUAGUGGGCCGAAGGGCCUGUACUGUGCUGUAAUGUUCUAUGUUCUACCAUACCCUGAUUCUCAUCAGCCUGUACAAUUUACAGUAGCUAAUUAACUUACCAUCUCUGGGAUGUGGGAGGAAACCGGAGCACCGGGAGGAAACCCACACGGGCACAGGGAGGACGUGCAAACUCCACACAGAGAGUAGCCAAGGUCAGGAUUGAACCUGGGCCAUUGGGAGCUCUGAGGCAGCUGCUCUACCUGCAGUGCCACUGUGUCUGAACCUUAACCUAAGAAGCAUUUAAGCUAUACCCCUUGAUCUUAUGGACACUUCCAAACUGUCAGUGGAUCAACAUGGGACAUUAAAGGGACCAAUCAGGUCAUCCAAUAGCUGCGUUGCUAAGGAAAUGGCUGAAGAAGAGAUGCAUAUAACUGACGAUACACUUGGAGAAAGGGAUGAGAUCAUUGAAUUCAUCUCAUCCCAAUCCUCAUCAAUCCAUACUUAUCCCCUCAGUUUAUAUUCCAGUAUUCCAUCGUUUCCCAGGUUCUGGAGGAUUCCAGCCACCAAGUUCACCUUGACUGCUCCAAAUCCCUUUACAUUAUAACAUUGCGCGGCAGUACCUUACAACUAUGUUGUUAAAAUGUCCUACUAUAUAAUUAGCAGUACCAGAAUCAGAAAAUAUUAACAACACUUAAUAUAUUUGAUAUCUUGCUUAUAAAAGUAUUAACUAAGAUGUUCAUAUCUCUUUGAAAGAUGAAGCCUCUCAAGAUUAUAACUCAUAUACUUACCUUAUCCCAGGUAUAUUUUUAGCAGUAUACCAUAUAGCAUGUUUGCCAGUGAUGUAAUACUUUUCUGGUGACUCUAUUUUGC